AUGGGCAAGCAAAACGACGGCGUUACUAACGGCUCCGACGACUUCAAGCUCGUCGGCUUCUCCAACUUUGUCGGGUCCAACCCCCGGUCCGACCGCUUCCCUGCCCGCCACUUCCACCACGUCGAGUUCUGGUGCACCGACGCCACCAGCGCCUCUCGCCGCUUCUCUUGGGGCCUUGGCAUGCCUGUUGUCGCAAAGUCCGACCUCUCCACUGGCAACGCCACUCAUGCCUCCUAUCUCUGCCGCUCUGGCGACCUCUGCCUCCUCUUCACUGCUCCCUAUUCCCCAUCCAUUGCCACCUCUGACGGCCUCGAACCCUCCUCCAUGGCAUCCCUCCCCUCAUUUUCCUAUUCCGCCUGUGUCGCCUUUGCUACCAAGCACGGGCUAGGCGUCCGUGCCAUCGCCGUCGAGGUUGAGGAUGCCGCCGGUGCCUUCCACAUUAGCAUCACCCAUGGUGCAAGGCCAGUCUCCCCGCCGGUCGUCCUCGAUGGCGCCGCCACCAUCGCUGAGGUCCACCUUUAUGGUGACGUCGUUCUCCGCUAUGUCAGCUACAAAACCCCGGCCUCCAAUCGCAACAACUCCUCUCCAGACUCCUGGUUCCUGCCUCGGUUCAAGCCGUUGGACGAGGUCUCCUCCUUCCCGCUAGACUUUGGAAUCCGGAGGCUCGACCAUGUCGUCGGGAGCGUCCAUAAGCUCAGCCCGGUGGUCUCAUACUUGAAGAGGUUCACCGGCUUCCAUGAGUUCGCUGAGUUCACCAAGGACGACAUCGGGACUGAUGAGAGUGGGCUCAACUCGGUCACGCUGGCGAACAACGAUGAGACGGUCCUCCUGCCGACGACCGAGCCAGUGUUCGGGACGAAGAGGAGGAGCCCAAUCCAGACAUACCUGGAGCACAACGAGGGCCCGGGGGUGCAGCAUCUGGCGCUGAUGAGCGAGGACAUCUUCUGGACGCUGAAGGAGAUGAGGAAGCAGAGCGCCGUUGGUGGGUUCGAGUUCAUGCCACCACCGCCGCCCACGUAUUACCGGAACCUGAAGGGCCGAGUAGGGGACGUGUUGACGGACGAGCAGAUCAAGGAGUGCAAGGAGCUGGGGAUUAUGGUGGACAGGGACGACGAGGGGACACUGCUCCAGAUAUUCACUAAGCCUGUGGGUGAUAGGCCAACCAUAUUCAUAGAGAUCAUACAGAGAGUGGGGUGCAUGCUCACAGACGAUCACGGAAAAUUGUAUCAGAAGGGCGCGUGCGGAGGGUUUGGGAAGGGCAACUUCUCGGAGCUCUUCAAGUCCCUUGAGGAGUAUGAGAAGACGCUCGACGCCCAACGAGUUGCUGCACUGGCCUCUGCCUGA